AUGAACUUGGACGAGAUGGAUGGAUCCCGCGAAUAUAGAGGGGCAAAUUCCGAUGUCGAUCCGAGCGUGGUGGCCGAAUUGCGCCCAGGCUGCCGCAUCCUGUGUACCGAAGGACACGGCGUGAGCUUCUGGGCGAACACUGCGCGAAUCGACGUCGAGUUGGCGGAUGGGCUUACCGAACAGUCCUUCUUCAUCAAGGUCCUCUCCCGCGACACGGGUAGAAACGUGGUACACGGCGAAUUCGAGUCCAUGAAAGCCAUCUACAGCCUGCAGCCAGACUUUGUCCCAAAGCCGAUUGUCUGGGGCACGUAUCAGAGUGAUCCGGAGACACAUUUUUUCCUGUGCGAAUAUCGAGAGAUGACGGAUGACAUGCCUGACCCCGAGAAGUCCUCAGCACAGCUAGCCCUCCUGCACAAGCACAGCAAGUCUCCCAAUGGCAAGUUCGGCUUUCAUGUCACCACCUACAGCGGCAACCUACCCCAAUCGGUCGACUGGGAGGACAGUUGGGAGACCUUCUUUGCGAAGAGCAUGCGGUGUGCGCUCGACCUGGAACGGAAAGCCAGAGGGCCCGAUCCCGAAUUCGACACACUGAUUCCGACUCUUUUCGACAGGGUGAUUCCUCGACUGCUUCGGCCAAUGGAGAGUGAAGGCAGAUCUGUCAAGCCUUCUCUGGUGCACGGCGACCUCUGGUACGCUAAUUCGGGGAUUGAUGCCGAUACAGGUACAUCGUUGGUGUUUGAUGCUUGCUGCUUCUACGCCCAUAACGAAUAUGAAUUCGGCCAGUGGAUGCCCGCCUGCAACAAAUUCGGCGCCGCAUACUUGACCGCGUAUCGAUCCCACAUGCAAAUAUCUCCCCCGGAGGAGGACUACCAGGGGCGGCUGGACCUGUACAAGCUAAGAUUCAACACGCACGUGUCUGCCCUCUUCCCCGAGAACGAGACUUUGAGAGACCAGAUGCUCGGAGACCUGAGAGAUCUCGCUGCGCGGUACGGGUGA